GUUGGCUCGGUUCUGCAGUCUGUGGGUGUUACGUGACUGACGUCAUAGUGACACACUCUAUGGUGGAGGUCUGCUGCGCGACCCUAUUAUUUCUUUUUUCACUUAGGCCGACAAGAGGUGGGGAUUUAAAAAUGGCGGAUUCCAUAGCCGCACGUUUAGCGUUGCAGGAGGAGCAAAUGCACCUUCUUACCCAGGAGAUUGGGUGGCUUCAAGCAGCCUCUGGAGAGGCAGCAGAGUUUUUCCGGGCAUGCAUUAGUAAGCCUGAGCUAGACACCCUCAGGAAUGAGAACGAAAAGUUGCGUUACAGGAUCGUGCACUUGAAACGGAGCCUUCGAGCCGAGUUGGACCGAAGCAAUGCUGUGACUGUCACAACGAGCAGCGACACCCAUGACAGUAGCCAGCAAGAACAUGGAGCCGGCGACGGAGCAAAGCCCCAGGAACAGGAACUGUUUUUCUUUCAUGACCUCAGUCCUGGAAGCUGUUUCUUCCUUCCCAAAGGAGCCUUCAUAUAUAAUACAUUAGUGGAAUUUAUAAAGGAGGAACACAUGAAGCGUGACUUUCAAGAGGUUAUUUCUCCAAACAUCUACAACAACAAGUUAUGGGAAACGUCUGGUCAUAGACAGCAUUACAGUGGCCAAAUGUUCACAUUUGAAGUGGAAAAAGAAAUCUUUGCUCUUAAGCCCAUGAACUGUCCAGGGCACUGCCUGAUGUUCAGCCAUCGACCAAGAUCUUGGAGAGAGCUACCUUUACGCUUUGCAGACUUUGGUGUAUUACAUAGGAAUGAAGUUUCUGGAGACUUGACUGGAUUGGAAAGAGUUCGUAGAUUCCAACAGGAUGAUGCACAUAUCUUUUGCUCAAUAGAACAGAUCACACAUGAAAUAAACAGCUGCCUGGAGUUCCUGCACACUGUCUAUUCCAUUUUUGGAUUUUCUUUCCAACUCUGUCUUUCAACUCGCCCAGAGAAGUUUCUCGGUGAUAUUGAGACCUGGAAUUUUGCAGAGAAGCAAUUAGAAGCAAGCCUCAAUGAAUUUGGAAAACCAUGGAAGACGAGUCCUGGUGAAGGAACAUUCUAUGGGCCUAAGAUUGAUAUAAAGGUGCAAGAUGCAAAUGGGAAGUACCAUCAAUGUGCUACUAUUCAACUGGACUUCCAGCUGCCUCUUCAAUUCAAUCUGACUUAUGUCGGGAAGGAUGGCAAUGAUACUGCCAGGCCUGUAAUUAUUCAUCGAGCAAUCCUGGGCUCUAUGGAAAGGAUAAUUGCCGUUCUCAAAGAGAAUUAUGGGGGAAAAUGGCCAUUGUGGCUCUCACCACAGCAAGUAAUGAUAGUUCCAGAAUGUCCUACUUGCAAGGACUAUGCUUGGCAGGUUUGCCAGAAAUUUGCAGAAGCUGGUUUUAUGGUGGAUGUAGACUUGGAUAACAAUAAAGAGCUAAAUGAAAAAAUUACGAAUGCACAGCUUGCUCAAUACAACUUCAUAAUGGUGGUGGGCGAGAAAGAGAAAGCAGCCGAAAGUGUUAAUGUCAGAACAAGAGAAAACAAGUUCCAUGGAGAGAUGACUGUACAUCAGGCUAUUAACAAGCUACAAAAACUGAAGACGUCUCGCUCCUUGGAAACGGAGAGAGAAUCUUAAGGCAUUUGGUUUGCAAUUGUAGUGCAUAGUAAUGAAUAUUAAGUUAUUUACUGUGCACCCAAUAAAAAUGUGCAAAAGACUGCAUAGGUGCCAGGAGUUUGAAAAUUUGUUUACUCCAGUAUGAGCAAAUGAGCGAGUGUGUGUGUGUGUGUCACCUGUAAUGAAAUGUUGCCCAAUUCAUUGACAUUUCCUGCCUUGUGGCCAGUGUUGUAGGAAAGGCUUCAUCUCCUCCAAACCCUGAGCUGGAUAACACCUAUGAAAAUAAAUGGUUGGAUGGAUGAAUUAAUUAAUUGGUCAUUCAAGGCUGCUGAGAACUGGCAUUUCUGUUCAUGAUGUGUUCCUUUCAUACUGUUACUUAUGUAUUCACUUAACAGAUGCAAUGAGGAAGAGUUCUCUUACCUUAAUGGUUGCAACAGGUCUCUUAUGUCUAAUAGUGAAUUGAGGUUUUGUGCUACUAAUACUCACCUUAGGCUUUGUGGCCAUAUUUGUACUAGUUCAGCAUUUGACUACAAGCAGAAUCUAAAGGAAAUGAAAUUAGGGUGACAGCAAAUCAUGUAAAUUAAAAAUUGCCCAGUUAUAAACUGCUUUAUGUACUGAA